GUUACUGAAACUCUUAAUGCAACGCUUGCUCCUCCAGUAUUACUUGAAUCUGAGAGCAUCAACCGCCCGGAUUCCUUAAAAUGACGUAGCUCUAUGCAAAUAAGCAUCAUUCGCUCUACUUUGACGCCCUCUGGUGGGUAGGAUGUUGAUUCAGUUCAGAAUUACGUACGAAUUUGAAGGGAUACGUUCUUUUUUUAGAAAAAAAAAAACAGUUGAAAUCAAGGGUUUAGUAAACUUUAUGAGCCGUAUAAAGAAUGUGAGCGCCAUCCACGUCCUCUUGCUACACUUUUGAAUACCAACUCGAAGCAGUUCAGGAGUGGUGCGCGUGCACAUGAGUUUGCGCGCGACCUCGCCUUCGUUGUGCCCAAGUCGCUACUGUGUUGUGCGUUCGUGCCGUGAAAGGGUUAACGUCCCGUCCCUCAAGAGGAUUUUUUUCUGACGUUAAGACCUACAUGCAGGAGGUGGAGCUCACUGGGUGACACGUAAGAAUGUUACAGUAAGUCUAGAAGGAGUGCGACAGAGACUAGUGUUUUCUCAGUGCUGUGAAGUUUGAUUCUUCGAUUUUUUUCCCUACCACUUCAUACACAAAAAUCAUCAUCGGCAGGCUGCGUGCGUUUUCUCAAGACGUAGCCACGUGGGUGCUGGUAUCGUUGGUCUCCGAGCUUCACGGGAGUCAGUCGCUCGUCGCUUCUCUGUCAGAAUGAGAUUUUCCAUGCUGAUUUCGCUGCUCAGGCCGAUCGGGCCGGUGGUUAUCGGCAUCUCUCUCGGCUUUACCUUAAGCCUGCUGAGCGUAACCUGGGUAGAGGAGUCGUGCGAUUCCGACGUCAAAGGAGGGGACGAAGUGGCGGUGCCGCAGGAGGGCAAGCUGAAUGGAGCUCGUAAACCCAACUCGCUUUCUGGUGUUGACAACGGUGAUGCCGAGGAGCAAUUUGAGCCCAAGAUAGUGCCGUACAAACCGGGCCAGAAGCAGACAACGGCGAAGAAAGUAUUCAGGGCAAAAUAUAUCAGCACUGAACUAGGAAUACGGGAGAGACUUUUUGUUGGAGUCCUUACAUCCAAAAAUACCCUUAACACUAUGGCAGUGGCUGUAAACCGAACAAUUAGCCAUCAUUUAGAAAACGUUGUCUAUUUCACUGGAAUGCGGAACCGAAAAACCCCCCAUGGAAUGUUUGUGGUCACUCAUGGUGAUGAACGCCAUAUCUGGAACAUGUUCCAGACCAUUAAGUAUGUGCUUGAACACUACAUCAAUGAGUACGACUGGUUCUAUUUUCUUCAAGAUGAUACCUAUGUGGAGGCAGACCGCAUCAAAAUGCUAGUGGGGCAUUUAAGCAUUGAUGUGGAUCUCUACAUGGGCAAACCGGAGGAAUUCAUUGGAGGGGAGCUGGAAGGAAGGUAUUGCUAUGGUGGAUUUGGCUAUUUGCUGUCUAGGAUGCUUCUGCUUAAACUGCAGCCGUACCUUGAAAACUGUCGGAAUGACAUAGUGAGCGCCAGGCCAGAUGAAUGGCUAGGAAGAUGCAUCAUCGAUUACGGCAAUACAAACUGUGUAAAUGAACAUGAGGGAAUCCUCUACAAUCACUUUGAAAUGGGCAAAAAUUCAGAUCCAAGUAAAGAAGAUAAUUUGCAAUUUAAAAAUGCCUUUGCUGUUCACCCUGUGUUGGAUCCUGUACAAAUGUACAAAUUACAUAAGCGCUUUACUGAACUUGAAUUGCAGAAGACUUACAAUGAGAUUGAAAAACUUCAGGUGGAAAUAAAAAACAUCAGUGAGCUUGCCAUUGAUGGAAACAGAAGUGCCCAUUGGCCAAUUGGUAUUAAUCCGCCUUUCCAGCCAAAGAACCGUUUUGAAGUUCUUAGAUGGGACUAUUUUACUGAAGACUUAGUCUAUACCUGUACGGAUGGAUCUCCAAAAUGUGAGCUUCAGGGAAUUGACAAAGCAGAUGUGGCAGACAUUAUUGAAACAGCAAUGGGAGAGCUUAAUAAAAAAUACAAGCCCGUACUACAUCUUAAAAAGCAGCAGCUCUUAAAUGGCUACAGGCGCUUUGAUCCAACACGUGGCAUGGAGUAUACUUUGGAUCUUUUAAUUGAGGUGGUUAACCAGAAAGGGAGGAGCCGUUCCAUUACAAAGCGAGUUCAUCUCAUACGACCUUUAAGUAAUGUAGAGAUUAUUCCUAUGCCAUAUGUCACAGAAGCAACAAGAGUUCAUAUUGUGCUUCCAAUGACUGUACACGAUCGAGAUAAUGUUAACCAGUUUUUAGAAAUAUAUGCAGCCAAUUUUUUUGAAACCAGCGAAAAUGCUGUUCUGUCUUUCUUAUUUAUAUAUGAUUCUUUUGAAGCUCAACAAGUUAAUCAGAAUGAUAUUUUUGCAAACGUUAAAGCUAAAAUUACUUCUUACGAGCACAAGUACCCUGCAACGAAAAUACCCUGGAUAAGUGUCAAAACUGAAGCACCAUCACAGAUUAAGAUCAUGGACAUAAUCUCAAAGAAACAUCCUGUUGACACCUUGUUUUUCACAGCUAACGUCAAUACAAAUAUAAAUUCAGAGUUCCUUAAUCGCUGCAGAAUGAACACUAUUAACAACUGGCAGGUCUUCUUCCCAAUCCAUUUCCAAGACUACAACCCUGACAUUGCUUACCAUAACCAACAACGCCCCAUAACUAUUGACCUGGUGAAGGAUGCUGGUCAUUUUGACCGCAAUGUUUUUGAUGAAGCUUGUUUCUAUAAUGCUGAUUACAUGGCAGCAAGAACAAAAAUGUCUUCAGAUGUGCAAGAGAAUGAAGAGAUCUUGGAGAUUCUGGAUAUUUAUGAAAUGUUUAUCAAAUAUGCCACUCUUCACGUGUUUCGCGCAGUUGAACCUGCUUUACACUUGAAAUACCAACAGAAAGUGUGCAAUCCGAGACUAAGUGAAGAUAUUUACCACAGAUGUGUUCAAAGUAAUUUGGAGAGCCUUGGAUCCCGAUCUCACCUUGCAAUGCUGUUAUUUGAUCAAGAGCAGGGGAACAGUACUUGACCAAACUGAAGAGUAGAGCUGGCGUUUUCAGUAAUGAAUCAUAGGGUGUUUUUAAAGUUUUUUUUUUUUUUCCUCAUCCUUGAGUAAAGUUUACACUACAGAGCACCAGGACAGGACUGCUAUAUCCAUUUUAUCACAUUCUCUAUUCUU